GGGAGAGGUGCCCCAGGGGAAUAGUCGGAGAAUUCCAUUUAAAGCUGGAAACGCUUAGUGGAAGAAUGCUCCUGGCGCGAUUCCUAAUUGAGUUGGAGAGCAAACUGCAGUUCUCGAAGGUUGAGUGUGACCUGUCCUAUUACUCCACGAUUUCUCCAUUGCUUCUCCGGACUCAUUAUCCUCCACCAUAACUGACUUCUUUGUUUAAAUAACUCAAAUCUGGUUGGCUCUUUGACAAACCUUAGGGGAUGUGGAAUAAGUUCCUAUCAUGAGUCCAAAGAUCACGUGCGGGACCCAUUGAUUUACACUAAAGUGCAUUGUACAGGUGAAGUUGGAGCUGGGACAUCGAGCCCAACUACGGAAAAAACCUACUAUCGAGGGUUUUACUCAUGACUGGAUGGUAUUUGUUCGGGGCCCAGAACAGUGUGAUGUCCAGCACUUUGUAGAUAAGGUGGUUUUUCGGUUGCAUGAGAGCUUCCCUAAACCCAAAAGGGUCUGCAAGGAACCCCCUUACAGAGUAGAAGAAUCAGGCUAUGCUGGCUUCAUUAUGCCAAUUGAAGUCUACUUCAAAAAUAAGGAGAAGCCAAAGAAAGUUUGUUUUACAUAUGACUUAUUCCUGAAUCUGGAGGGAAACCCACCUGUGAAUCAUCUUCGUUGUGAGAAAUUAACAUUCAACAAUCCUACCAAAGAAUUCCGCUACAAGCUUCUUAAAGCUGGGGGGGUGAUGGAAUUGCCAGAAGGAGCAGAAAGUAUAUCAAGGUCUAGUCCUGCCUACCUUUUUUUGCCCACAGUACCAUUCUCUGCCUUCUCUGAUCCCAAGAAGAAUAAAUCAUCCUAUAUUUCAAAGGAUGCAAAAAAGGAAAAUAGUAAAGCCCCAAAACCACUUAAAAUAACUAAAGACCAUCAGGUAAGGUCUAAGAAAAACUCUGAAAGUAAAGGUGUCUCCAGAGACCUUGAACAGGAACAAAAACCUUCAGUUGAUUUGUCCAGCAAACAUAUUGAGAGGAAACUGCUCAAGGAAAAAAAGAUGCCUCCUAAACUGGAGUCAAAACUGACUGUCAGAGAAAUCCUAUUCAAGAACCAGUAUCCAAGUCUACCACCAGAGCCCAAGUCUUUCAAUAAAGGACCUUUCCAGAUGGAAUCAUCAAAGCCUAGUUCCAGAAAGCAAAAAAGUAGUUCCAAAGAAAAAAACAAUGACCAAAGGAUCUCUCUCCACAUUACUUCUAGUUUAUAUCCAGAGAAUAAGUUAGUUAAUAAAAAGAUGAAUACAAAAGUGGAGAAAGGAAAAUAUAAAAAUGAAGCUAAAGAGAGUAAAAAACCCAUGGAACCAGAAUUCAAUUCCGAAGAUGAGUCAUCUUUCAAGUCAGAGUCUCUCAAAUCCAGUCCUUUCAACCCCAGCUACACUUUGGACUACAGUUCAGAUUUUGAUUUUCAGGCAUCACAGAAGUACAGCGAAGGAGCAUUAAGUUCCAUGGUUGGAGAUCUGCAGGCAGAGGGAUCAGAUGAUGAUUCUUCUUGUGGGGAAGAUGCUGUUGUCAAAGCCAAUCCUGUGAAUGAUUCCAGGUUAAGUAUCAGUGACAGUGACAGUUUGGGCUCUUGUCUGCCAAAUCAAGAACACGCUCCCACUUAUAAACUGCUUCCUGCUAGCCAGGAAUUUAAGAGGAAGAGUCCAGAACCAUGUAAUAUACCUGAAAAAGUCCUCAAGAAAGGAACAUAUGACAAGGCUUACACUGAUGAACUGGUGGAACUUCAUAAGAGAUUGAUGGCCCUUCGGGAGCGCAACAUACUUCAGCAGAUUGUUAAUCUCAUUGAAGAAACUGGCCAUUUUAAUGUGACCAACACAACUUUUGACUUUGAUCUUUUUUCUCUGGAUGAGACAACCAUCCGAAAGCUGCAGGGCUAUCUGGAUACAGUAGCAAUAUGACACUUCAAUGUAAAAGUGGGUUGUCUCUAAAAUUGAAAAUAAAAUUUCCCAAAAUACUGAA